AUGGCUGGUGUUGUAGUCAAGCGGCUUUCCACUGCAAUUGCUGACGGCGAUGUUAUUCGGGCCGUGAUCCGGGCCACGGGAGUUAACUCUGACGGCAAGACUCCUGGGAUUACUGUCCCAAGUGAAGAAGCCCAAGCCGACCUGAUCAGGGAAGUAUACGAGAGAUCAGGACUGGACAUGGCUCAAACCUCCUAUUUCGAAGCGCAUGGAACUGGCACACCAAAGGGGGAUCCUAUCGAAAUUCGUGCAAUAGGUUUAACCAUCGGUGCUGCUCGACGGGCUUCUGGAAUGGGGCGGUUGGAUGUUGGUAGUGUGAAGCCGAACAUUGGCCACACUGAAGGCUGCGCUGGCUUGGCAGGCUUGAUCAAAACCGUUCUUUGCCUCGAAGCUGGACUUAUACCGCCAAUCGCGGGUCUGCAACAAAUCAAUCCCGAGAUAGCUGCCGAAAACCAUCUAAUCAACUUUCCAAUGGCAACAAAAUCGUGGCCCGGCAGUGGUCUCAGACGAGCAAGCGUCAACUCCUUUGGUUUUGGCGGCGCCAAUGCCCACCUUGUACUGGAUGAUGCAAGAUCGUACUUGAAGGAGAUGCGAAUCAAGGGAAGACACAUCACAAAAAAGGCCGGAUAUCGCAAUCAAGAUUCAACCGAUCAGUCAUUCGACACAUCGGAAAACAUGAGGCAGCUUCUAUUCGCGAUAUCGUCGUUCGAUCGGCAGGGUCUUGCGCGCACUGCUCAAUCUCUGGGAGAGUUUUUGAGUCAAAAGAAGCCUGUCCAGUUCGAAUCACUCGCGCACACCUUGAACGUUCGACGGACAUCACAUCUAUUCCGGAGUUUUGUCACUGCCAAGAGUCAAGAGGAGCUGGUCUCUAAGCUUCUGUCAGUGAACAAGGAGAAAGCGCAGCCUCUCAAAAUCAGGUCGUCACGGAGCCGACGGCUAGUCUUUCUGUUCACUGGCCAAGGCGCACAACGCCCAGGAAUGGCAAAAGAGCUCGUCAGGGAGUGCCCCACCUUCAGAAACAGUAUUGCAACCAGCCAAACGUACUUGUCAAACUUGGGAUGCAGGUGGGAUUUGAUCGACUUGUUAAAGAAUGGCGACGCGGAAACCAUAAGCGACCCAGAGUUCUCGCAACCUAUGUGCACAGCAGUGCAAAUUGCGCUUGUACAUGUCCUUUGGUACUGGGGAGUCACAGCUGCAGCAGUUAUUGGUCAUUCUUCCGGUGAGAUGGUAGCCGCAUAUGCUGCCGGCGCCGUGUCUCACGAGGAAGCUAUGCGUGUUGCAUACUACCGCGGGUUGUUAUCAACCCAGGUCAGCCGCCGCCUCGGGAGACCAGGAGGAAUGCUGGCGGUGGGUCUAUCUGAGAAGAGCUGUCGAGAGUUCCUGCAACGCCACGAUUUCGCAAACACUGUCACUGUUGCCUGUAUCAACAGCCCGAAGGGUGUAACUCUUUCCGGAGACGCCCAAUCGAUCUCGCGAGUUGAGGCUAGUCUGAAGGACGCCGGUCACUUUGCGCGCUUGUUACGAACAGGCGGAGUGGCAUAUCAUUCUCCCGACAUGCAGAUCGUUGGCGAAGACUUUUUGAAAGCUCUUGGCCCAUUGAAGCUACGUCACAGGCCUCUAAGUGUGGCAAUGUUCUCUUCGGUGACGGAGAGUCUGAUAUUGGAUGCGGCAGAGCUCAAUGCCAAUUACUGGUACACAAACAUGACUUCAUCCGUGCGCUUUUCCGGGGCGUUGCACAAUCUUUUAUUGCAUGAAGGUCAAGAUGGUCUGUCACCAAGCAUACACAACACCACGGUCCUCGAAAUUGGUCCUUCCAAAACACUUGCGGGGCCUGUUGGUCAAAUAAUGGCUGCUGCUUUCGAUUCUAAGAUUACAACGGGUCUUUCAUAUUUGUCAAUACUUUCGGCUGGGGAAGACUCAAGGGAUACGUCACUAGCCGCGGCUGGAAUGCUGUGGGCUAUGGGUCAAGCUGUGGAUUUGGACAAGGUCAAUAACCUGUCCUCCCGUUGCGACAAGCUGAAGCUGAACGAGCUUCCAAUAUUGCCGUCCUAUCCCUGGAAUCAUUCAAGAUCUUACUGGCAUAAGACGUCUCCAAACUCCACAGCUCUGGGUGCGUUAACUGUACCUCGGGCAGACCUCCUUGGUGUUCCUACCGCACCACAGAAUCCUUUUGAACCGUCAUGGCAAAAUGUUCUUCGCCAGAAUGAGCUACCUUGGCUUGAGGACCACGCAGUCAUGGGUGCCGUCCUAUUUCCAGCUGCUGGUUACUUGGUAAUUGCUAUGGAAGCACUUCGCACUCUCGCUCGCAAGAAGAAUUAUCCGUUAUACGGCGUUGAGCUCUUGGAUGUCCAGUUUGAGACAGGCCUGACCCUGGACGAUCAUGAGAGUGCUUUGGAGAGCACAAAUCGUGGGCAAGGCAUCAGAUUGACCUUGAAACCACGUGCUAUGGAUGAGUGGGAAUAUGACUUCACCAUAUACGCCACUUCAAGCUCCCCCGAGGAAUGGCGACGACUUGUGAGAGGCACCGUUGUGGGUAUAAGAAACACGAAUGUCCUACGUCAGAAAGAAGACGAUUUCGAAACUUCAUCGAGAGAAGCGGAGUGGCGCAGUGUCAAACGUCCUCAGCUCCUGGAAGUUCAGAGGUCAUCAAUUGACGUUGUUGAUCCGGCAAACUUUUAUACAAAUCUCUCAGCGAUUGGAUUGAAGUAUGGCCCGACUUUCCAAGGACUCAAUGUGAUCCGCUGUACGCCCGCAACGACAGCUUGUAGGGUUGGUAAAGCCUACGGCGAGCUUAUGAUUCCAGACACUCAGUCUACAAUGCCUGGGGCCUAUGAGUGUGAAUAUUUGAUUCACCCUGCAACCCUCGACGGCAUCUUUCAGUUGGUCUUUGCCGCGCUCAAGGCCAUUUGUCCUGGGGGGAUGAAAGACGCUGCUGUGCCCGUAUCGCUUCGGAGAGCCUUCAUUGCGUCAUCAAUGCCGAGAAGUGUCCACUCAAAGCUGAUCGGUGUGGCCGACGCGGAGUAUGACGGCGAUGCGAAAGCAAGUCAAUCAGCACCACGAGAAAUCAUUGGGAGCCUGGUGUUCUCCGACGGCACUUUAGAGGAGCCCGCAGUCAUGAUCGAUGGCAUCGUACUCCGCGAGUUACCGGUCGGUUCGGGAUACGAGGCUGUCAUGGACAGCAAGAGUGACGCUCGCGAAAACAGAAUUGAGCGCACGGCCCAGUUCCUCUGGAAAGAGGAUAUUGAUCAGGACUUCGACCUGUGGAAAGAUUUGAUAUUGUCGAAAACAACCAGGUUGGAUCGGUGCUCCUUCUUCUUGGAUCGAUUUUACCACAAACGACCGAAUGCCAACGCCGUAUGCAUUGGCAGCACGGAGCUGCAUGAACGACUUCUUCAACCCGCAGUCAAUUAUUCUGGAACUAGACGGACACAUCCUCUCAAUCGCUGCACUUUGGUCACAUCCCUAGAGAAAUGGAGCGCAGUCAUCGGAGUUUCCAGCUCAUCAACUCUAGAGAACCCUACGACCGAGAAGUUUGAUCUUAUCCUGUUAGACGAGAACAUGCUGGCGGAGGAAGACCUACACGACGACCCACAGAGAAGUUCAGACUGGUUCUUUAAAACCCUGAGUAAGGGUUGUGCUGCUGGUGCUUGGUUCGUCUUGCUCGGAGGCGACGAGAAGUCAGUUCUUCCAAUGUCUCAGAUCAUGUCGGGGGUGGGGACUCGCUCAAAAAUCAAAGGCAUUCGCAUAUCCGAGGCGUCUGUGGAUAUAUAUUGUAUUGGAGAUGAGCCGGUUUCCAUUCGUCCACGCAUCAAAGCACUGCAAGAACAAGCACUUCAGGCUGAUGACGUCGUCAAAGAAGGCUUCCGACACACCGAUAUCAUCAUUCUAGAGCAAGAUUAUAGCCGGAACACAAGGGCAGCAUGCAACAUUACAGCACCGCUGUUGAACCGACUGGCAUCAAUGGGGUUCCGCAUCUCUCGUGCAACUCUAAGGCAAGCAAUAGCACUCCGCGACCAGUUCAAAGACAAGAUGAUUAUCUCGUUGUUAGAGCUGGGACAGCCGUUCGUUUAUGAUUGGGGUCAUCAGGACUUCGCAGACUUCCAACAAUUGGUAGACUCGGCGUCACACAUUCUCUGGCUUACAACAGGUGGUCUCCUGUGCCCGUACUCAGAAAGAAGCCUUCUUUAUUCGCCAACCGUGGGGCUGCUAAGAGCGCUCAGAGCUGAGUACCCACAGUUGGUGUUGGUCCAUUUGGAUGUGUCAGAAGCCACAUGUUCUGACACACCAGAAGCCAUAGUGGAAGUCAUCUCAGAGACGUUACGUUUGAGUAGAGUGAGAGAAGAAACCUCCUACAGCCUGGAAACCCACUUCGAAAUCUACGAGUCUGAGUACAUCGAACAGAGUGGCUGUCUCCUCAUACCUAGGGUCAUGGCACACGCAGAAGCCGAUAACUACGUUUUAUCGGAGACAUCGAGCCAGGAUGGAAAUCCUCUCCUUCCAACCUUCCGGGGAUCAUUCAAUCACCUGGAAUCAGUGCGGCUUCAAAGUCCACAUCUCUGGUCGCAGACGAUUGCUGAGUCUCGGCUAGGGUACUGGGUUCUUCCGGAACGUGCCACUGAGAAUACGAAAGAAAAUAGUCCAUUGAUGGGCUUGCAAAAAAGAACCUCGGCAAUAAUCAGGGCGUCCCAUUUCACUGUCAAACCUGGCACCUGCCCCAGACUGCAAAUGGAGAAUGGCUUUGAAGUCCCCAUGGCGUUUCACACGCUGGGCGUCAUCACGGGCUUGAACGAAGUUCAUUCAAGUCGAACAGACUAUCGCACUGGUGACUGGGUGCUGAACACUACCCCUCAACCAAUCCAGCCUGAAUCGAUGCAUGACGUCAGAAAGCUGGUAAAGCUGCCCAAGUCUGUUGCAAAGGCACCCGCAGCUGCUGCUUACUGGCUGGGACCGAUUUCCACGGCAUAUCACGUUCUCUCAGUGAUAGGAAGCGUCUCACAGGGUGACUAUGUUGUCAUAGACGUGGGAGAAAGCCAGGCGCUUGAACGGGCUUUCGCCAUGGUAGCACAUCACCUUCGUGCCAGAAAAGCACUUAUAAUCGGAAGAGGAAGACUCACAGAGCAAGUCGACAAAGAUGCUCAUUCAGAUGGGCCGGAGGACGUCAUUAUUUCACGGAUUUCUUGCCUUAACCGAGCUACGAUUAGGUACUUGCAGUCUCUCGCGAAUGGAGUGAAGGCUGUGGUCUCUACCACCAGAACGAAGGAGACCCUCGACAUGUUGAUAAGCACCUUGUCUUCCGAUGGCUGUCUCAUCCAACUUGACCCAAGAGAGCAGGAAGACUGCCUAGACAAUCGAUGCCCCAAAAGCUCUCAAAUUUUCAAAUUCGAUCUCCAAUUAUGGGAUCAUUCUGCCUCAGAAGAGUAUAGAAUGGCUAUCUCUAGAGUUUCGACUUGGGUUGAGACCGGCACCCUCACGCUGCCCGACGCAUUGAGACAAGCAUCAACCAGCAACGCUAAUGACCUUGCAAUGCUUUUCGAGUCUACCACACACGGUACAGAACAAGAAGGUGCCAAGAUUGCCGUCUCGUUAGGACAUUCAGAUGAGGUUCUGAUGCACAGGAAGAUGCCAGCAUCACCACCUGGAAAAGUCGACAAUGCAACGAUGCUGGAUAGUAACGCAACCUAUAUUAUUUCAGGUGGGCUUGGGUCUCUGGGGCUGCACAUGGCCAACAUGCUUUUUGAAUUGGGGGCAAGACAUUUGAUGCUUCUCUCUAGGUCUGGAAAAGCGAAUUCAUCUGACAUAUUGGCUGCACUGAUGAACCUGGAGAGAAACGGUUGCAAUGUCGACGUUGUUGCAUGCGACAUCACCUCUAUGGAGGACAUGAAACGACUGGGAUCGAAAUUCAGCGAAGAGUCAAGACCACGCCUCAAAGGAAUUAUCCAGUCUGCAAUGGUCCUCGCAGACAGCACGUUUGCGAAUAUGACAUUUGAGAACUGGCAGAAAGCUACAGCUCCCAAAGUCCAGGGAAGCUGGAAUCUCCACAACCUUCAGCGUUUUAUGACCGAAGGAAGUUCUUCAUCCGAAAAUGACGUUGAGGACCUGGACUUCUUCAUCUUGCUCUCGUCUGUCUCGGGCGUCAUCGGGAACAGCGCUCAGGGAAACUACUGCGCCGGAAACACAUUUGAAGACGUCCUCGCUCACCACCGCCGUGCCAAUGGAAUGGCUGCAGUAAGUCUCAAUAUAGGGCUUGUUUCGGACUCUAAUCACUUUGGAACGGGAACUAUGUCAUCUUUCAAAAACAUCGACGAAUAUCUACGCGUUUUUGGACACCUGGCUCCUGUUGUGGUCAGCACUGCUGAGGUGCUAGCAAGCGUCAAGAUGGCCAUUGCUGCAUCUAAUAAGCAGAAUACGGCGUUGACGUCUUGUCCGCUCCAGAUUCCCCCACAAUUGGUAGUAGGAAUAUCGUCCCGAAUCAGGCGAUCGAGAGAGCUUUUAAACUAUUGGUCUUUGGAUCGUAAAUUCGACCAUCGAGCUGCAUGGGGAGACGAUGCGGGGUGGGAAGGUGAUCUGGCCCCGAAAGCGAGCUUGCUAAGAGCCAACGAGGCCCUUCCUUUGGCACAGGACUUGAGCUCGGGUAGGCUUGUGGUAGAGGACCUUUUGAAAGCAAAACUUGCUCAAGCUAUGACGCUAGAUGUUGAAGGAGUGGACGAGGAGAAGAGUUUGGGAUCUUAUGGGAUCGAUUCUCUGAAGGCAACGGAGAUGAGGAAUUGGAUCAACCGGGAAUUCCAUGUCGAUCUUUCUAUUUUCGAGAUCCUCGCACCAACUCCAAUUGCAAAGCUUGCAAUGAGGAUUCUUAAAGCAUGCGACUUAGUAAACCAUGAUGCACUGGGAUCAUAA